UACUUCAACUUUAUAUCCUAAUCUGACUUUGAUGCAGGCCAUUAAGGCUAAGCGUCCCGCUAGUGGGACAACUUCUGAUGAGUCUGGAGAGCACGCAAUUCAAAUAAAUAAUCAUAACAAUUAUGGAUUUUAAACAUUUAUGUACCUACAAAUAUUUUAUAUCGGUUGAAAGCUUAAAUUACAUUACAGUAAACAUCUUUCUCUCUCUCUCGUAGGAUAUGUUCCUGGUCCAUCAGCGUUCCUAUAGGGAGGAGUAUUCUGCUGGAAUUCUUGGAAUUCGACAUGGAGAAUGACACCCUCUGUCACAGUGACCAACUCACGGUAUCUGUGGGUGCAGACUCAGGGAGGCCUAUUGGGAGGUUCUGUGGCAGCGCCCCGCCGCCCCCAGUGCUCAUCAACUCCCACAGUGCUUCUCUCCAAUUUGUGUCUGAUGUCAGUGGAACAGGAAGCGGAUUUGUUGUUAGAUUCCGAGGUGUCGAGGGAAAUUCUGUGCCUGCGUCGGGAUGUGGCACCGUGGCUCUGGUCCAGGAUCAGAGGGCCGUACACAGUCUCAACUACCCACAAUCCUACAGCAACAACUCUGUCUGCCACUGGGUCAUCUACGCCCCCAAGGGUCACGUUGUCAAGCUUGACUUUGAUGACUUUGAACUGGAGCAAUCGGAUGACUGCGAGUAUGACUCGCUGAUUGUUCUUGGAGAUGUGUAUACAAAAGAGGAGAUAGCGGUGCUGUGUGGUAGGAAUGUGCCUCCCCCCGUUCUGAGCUAUGACAACGUGAUGGUCCUCCAGUUCACCUCUGAUAGCACAGUCACCUACCGAGGCUUCCACGCCACUGUGUCAUUCAUCAGUAAGAUCGACCUGCUGGAUGGGGAGUCAGAGGAUGACACUGUUCACUUUCAACACUCACUGCCAGACUCGUGUGGAAUGCCUCAUGUCCGUGCUGCCUCGACCUCCAGUGAGUCUCUGGAAGGAGCGGGGGAGUCGCGACACGCCUGGCCCUGGGACGUUCGGCUCAGCAAGGACACUAACAACAUCUGCUAUGGGGCCAUCAUCCAGCCUGCCUGGGUCCUCACUGCUGCACACUGCCUUCUAGGCCUGGAGGACCAAUCAUUAAGGUCACUGUUGGUGGAGACGGGAGGCCCGAAGAACCAGGUAGGAUGAAGCAUCCUCAGGCAGUCUACCCAUCUCUCACUCUGUCUCUCACUCUGUCUCUCACUCUGUCUCUCAC